CGAUCUUGGUCCAACCGGCUGACUGGUCAAAUCCCUCCGACCCUUGGCAAUCUGUCUGCUCUAGUUAAUUUGAACCUCUCUUCUAACCAAAUAAGUGGUUCCUUGCCUCUUGGACUUUUCAAUCUGCCUUUUCUACAAAUUCUAGAUCUUUCCUCAAACCAACUUGUAGGCCCAAUUGCUACCCAAUUUGGGGAUGACAUGCUUAAAUCCUAUGGGCACAUUUUCACUUUGAAUCUUUCCCACAAUAUUCUCUCUGGCACCGUCCCCUCGUCUCUUGAACAACUGUCGGACGUCGACCUGUCCUAUAAUGCUUUGGAAGGCGAACUUCCGUGUGAGCUUGUCUAUUGGUUUGGUUUAGAAAGAUUUGCCGGCAAUCGAGACUUGCGUUACAAUUCCACUUUUUGUGGUGCAUCUCCUUCUGUUGUGGGAAAUCACAGACAUCACACCCUAUACUACAUCAUAGGUCUUGGCGUACCCUUGUUGGUGUUCUCAAUAACUGGCGGAUUAGUAAUUUAUAUCCGCUGCUUCAAGAAAGUUAAAGUCGAGCUCAUGGACAAUAAACAUGGAGACAUUUUCAGAAUAUGGAACUAUGAUGGACAUAUGGCUUAUGAAGACAUAAUUAAAGCGACCAACGAUUUUGAUGUCAGUUAUUGCAUCGGGACAGGGGGGUAUGGCUCUGUAUACAGAGCACGGUUGCCAAGCAGGAAAGUAGUGGCUUUGAAAAAGCUUCACCGUCUGGAAGGCGAGAAUCCAAAUUUUGACAAGAGCUUUAGGAAUGAAGCCGACAUGCUUUCUAAAAUCAGGCACAGGAACAUUGUAAAGCUCUUUGGAUUCUGUCUGCACAAGCGAUGCAUGUUUCUGAUUUAUGAGUACAUGGACAGAGGAAGCUUGUUUUGUAUCUUGAGAGAUGAAACUGAAGCUGUGGAGCUGGAUUGGGUUAAAAGAUUGAAUUUGAUCAAGGGCAUUGCCAGUGCAUUGUCCUACUUGCAUCACGAUUGUGAUCCGCCAAUCAUUCACAGGGAUGUAUCAAGCAACAACAUUCUUUUGAAUUCACAGCUCGAAGCAACUCUUUCUGACUUUGGAACUGCGAGGAUUUUGGAACUUGAUUCAUCAAAUCAAACGGUCAUUGCGGGCACCUUUGGUUACAUGGCACCGGAGCUAGCCUAUACCAUGGUGGUCACUGAAAAGUCCGAUGUGUAUAGCUUUGGCGUUGUGGUGCUGGAAACGCUGUUUGGAAAGCAUCCACAAGAUUUCCUUUCCUCCUUUUCAUCACAACCCACUGAACCAGUACUGCUGAAGGAUCUUCUUGAUGCCCGUCUGACCCCUCCGACUAACCCUUUGGUGGUUCGAAAUGUGGUUCUCCCAACAGCGUUAGCCCUGGAUUGCAUCAAUGCAAACCCGAAAUGUCGACCAACAAUGCAGCAAGUGGUGAACCGAUUUGAAGAGGGCAGGCGAGAAUCAACUAGGCCUUUGCACACCAUUGCUGUGAAUCAGCUCGUUAGUCCACCAGUACUUUCACUGCCUGACCAAACCUACACAGUUGUUUAAGCACCAUGAAUGACUUUCGUGCGGAUAUCUCUGCCGUCAUCCAAUUUUCCUAUCGACGUUUCUACCUGCCUAUAAUAUUUACACCAAAGGAUUCAAGUAUGCUAAACUCAUGCCAAAAAUGAUAGGAUCAGGUCAGCCCAAAGUUGUAUUUAAAUUUUUUUUUUUGCAUAAAUUCUAGCACGCAUAACCUAUACC